CCCCUUGCGGCUGCAGGGGGGUAAAGCAUUAGUGCUGGGGUCUUGAGGAAUUACUCUAGGCACUCAGACGGUUAUUGUUCAGAGCCUGUCUGCUAGAGAAAUCUUCUCCUAGUGCUAGCUCCACUCCCAGCAGGCGGAGGCGCGGGGAGUAGGAAGUCGUCGCGGGGAGUAGGAAGUCGUCGCCACCUCCCCGGAGUGCUGCGUUCGGCGGGGGAGGUGGAGGUAGGAGGGAGUGAGGCUCAACAUGAUGGCGGCUGAGGCUGGGGUUGAGGAGGGCGGCUCGGUUACUGCUGCUGGGAUGGUGGGAGCUAUUGGCGGAGCUGAGUCGGAGCACUACCCCACGUUAUGCCGGGGCAAGGAGCUGGGGUCGCAGGGCCCCUUCCUGGCUGGCUCUGGCGGGAACAGCCUGGGCCCUGGCGGUGCGGCGUUGUGCUCGGCGCUGGGGCUCCUGGCGUUAAGCUCUGGGCCUGCCUCUCUGGCGUCAAGAGACGCACUGUCAGCAACUGGACAAAGGCCGGAGGUGUCCGGAGAGGUGCUGCUCCCACCCAAACCCAGCACUGUCGCCUUUCCCCCGCUGCCGCCGCCGCCACAGCCACCUUCCUUGGCGGGGGGGCUGGGGAUUGUGGAUGAAGGCGACUCGUUGGAUGGGCCCGAGUAUGAAGAGGAGGAGGUGGCCAUUCCGCUCAACGCUCCCCCCACAAACCAGUGGUAUCAUGGAAAACUCGACAGAACAAUUGCAGAAGAACGUCUUUGGCAAGCAGAAAAACCUGGAAGCUACCUUAUUCGAGAGAGCGAUCGGAGACCGGGUUCAUUUGUGCUUUCAUUCCUAAGUAAAACAAGUGUCAAUCAUUUUAGGAUUAUUGCCAUGUGUGGAGAUUAUUACAUUGGUGGACGUCGCUUUGCUUCACUCUCAGACCUAAUUGGGUAUUACAGUCAUGUGUCUUGUUUGCUGAAGGGGGAAAAACUAUUCUUUCCAGUAGCACCUCCAGAGCCUGUGGAAGAUAGAAGGAGAGUUCGAGCAAUUCUACCUUACACCAAAGUGCCAGAAACGGAUGAAAUAAGUUUCCUUAAAGGAGAUAUGUUUAUUGUGCAUAAUGAAUUGGAAGAUGGCUGGAUGUGGGUUACAAACCUACGGACAGAUGAACAAGGUCUUAUAGUAGAAGACCUGGUAGAAGAAGUGGGAAGAGAAGAAGAUCCACAUGAAGGCAAAAUAUGGUUCCAUGGGAAGAUCUCCAAACAAGACGCUUACAAUUUGCUGAUGACAGUUGGUCAGGUGUGCAGUUUUCUUGUGAGGCCUUCAGAUAAUACACCUGGUGAUUAUUCACUUUAUUUUCGGACCAGUGAAAAUAUUCAGCGUUUUAAAAUAUGUCCAACAUCAAGCAAUCAGUUUAUGAUGGGAGGCAGAUAUUAUAAUAGUAUUGCAGAGAUCAUUGAACAUUAUAGAAAAGAACAGAUUGUUGAAGGAUACUACCUUAAAGAUCCUGUUCCAAUGCAGCAUCAAGAACAAGUGUUUAAUGAUACAGUCGAUGGAAAAGAAAUCUACAAUACAAUUCGUCGCAAAACAAAGGAUGCUUUUUAUAAAAAUAUUGUCAAAAAAGGAUAUCUUCUAAAAAAAAGUAAAGGGAAGAGAUGGAAAAACUUGUACUUUAUAUUGGAGGGAAAUGAUGCCCAGCUUAUUUAUUUUGAAAGUGAAAAACGAGCCACAAAACCUAAAGGAUUAAUAGACCUUAGUGUGUGUUCGGUCUAUGGAGUACACGACAGUUUAUUUGGCAGGCCGAACUGUUUUCAGAUAGUAGUUCAGCACUUCAGUGAAGAGCAUUACAUCUUUUACUUUGCAGGAGAAACUCAAGAACAAGUGCAGGACUGGAUGAAGGCUCUGCAGAUGUUUUGCAAUUUAAGGAAAAACAGUCCAGGGACAUCAAAUAAACGUCUACGUCAGGUCAGCAGUCUUAUCUUGCAUGUAGAAGAAGCUCAUACACUCCCAGUAAAACAUUUUACUAAUCCAUAUUGUAACAUCUACCUGAACAGUGUCCAGGUAGCAAAAACACAUAUCAGGGAAGGUCAGAACCCUGUAUGGUCAGAAGAAUUUGUCUUUGAUGAUCUUUCGUCUGAUAUUAAUAGAUUUGAGAUAAGUCUUAGUAACAAAACAAAGAAAAGUAAAGAUCCAGAUAUAUUGUUUAUGCGUUGCCAAUUAAGCCGAUUACAGAAAGGACAUGCAACAGACGAGUGGUUUCAACUCAGUUCCCAUAUACCACUGAAAGGUAUUGAGCCAGGAUCUUUGCGUGUUCGAGCACGAUAUUCUAUGGAGAAGAUCAUGCCAGAAGAGGAGUACAGUGAGUUUAAAGAGCUCAUACUCCAGAAAGAGAUGCAUGUAGUCUAUGCCUUAUCACAUGUUUGUGGCCAGGAUAGAACAUUGUUGGCUGGAAUUUUAUUGAAGAUAUUUCUUCAUGAAAAGCUUGAGUCACUGUUGUUACGAACACUAAAUGACAGGGAAAUAAGCAUGGAAGAUGAAGCUACUACUUUGUUUCGUGCCACCACUUUAGCAAGUACACUUAUGGAGCAAUAUAUGAAAGCCACAGCAACACGUUUUGUUCAUCAUGCACUAAAAGACAGUAUAUUAAAGAUAAUGGAGAGCAAGCAGUCCUGUGAGUUAAAUCCUUCGAAGUUAGAAAAAAAUGAAGAUGUAAACACUAAUUUGGCACAUCUACUCAGUAUACUUUCAGAAUUGGUGGAGAAAAUAUUCAUGGCUGCAGAGAUACUGCCUCCGACAUUGAGAUAUAUUUAUGGAUGCUUGCAGAAGUCUGUUCAAAACAAGUGGCCAGCUAAUACGACAAUGAGAACAAGAGUUGUUAGUGGCUUUGUUUUUCUUCGACUGAUUUGUCCUGCUAUCCUGAAUCCAAGGAUGUUUAAUAUCAUCUCAGAUUCUCCUUCCCCUACUGCUGCAAGAACACUGACGCUGGUUGCCAAGUCUGUGCAGAAUUUAGCAAAUCUGGUUGAAUUUGGAGCUAAGGAGCCAUAUAUGGAGGGGGUAAAUCCAUUCAUCAAGAGCAACAAACAUCGCAUGAUCAUGUUUUUAGAUGAACUUGGGAAUGUUCCUGAGCUUCCAGACACUACAAAUUACUCUAGAACUGACUUAUCUCGUUAUCUGGCAGCCUUGCAUGAGAUGUGUGUGGCUCAUUCAGAUGAACUUCGGACACUUAGCAAUGAGCGAGGUGUAAUGCAGCACGUUCUUAAGAAGCUGUUGGCUAUUACAGAACUGCUUCAACAAAAACAACAUCAAUAUUCACUGUCUAAUAACAUCAGGUAGCAGCCUUCUACUUGAAUUCUGCAUGGAUCCAGCAUGUCUAACAUGGCAACUUACACAGGUAUCACUUUUUUUGCUCUUGCCAAAAAUUGCACACCCUGUCACAUUCCCAGUGAUGUGUGAAAUAUGCAAAAAAGUAAACAAAGAUUCUGUUAGCAAAUGAUUGAACCAGCAGCUCUUUAAGCUAUCUGUGCAGGAUAUUUGCACUUUUUUUCCACUUGGAACCAGUUUUUACAGCCUCUGAGCCUUGGUGUACAGUUUACCUUUUGCAAAGAAAAUGCUAUGACUGUAGUGAACUUUGAUAAUUAUUUUGAAAACCUGUGUCCUGGGGUGACUUUAUGAUGCUUGUAUCCCCAUUGGUCUGUUUAGCCCAGAAAUAAGUUUCGCACCUUUAAGACUGGUUCUGAGAGGGAAGGGGGAAACAGAGAAGAAGCGUGCAGUUUGUUUUCAGAAAUUGCACUCAUUCCUCCACAUUCCUGCUUCUGGACUGUGUUGCCUACAGACGGACAGACAGCGGGACAGAGCUCUCUUUUGCUUUUUAGUUAGUUUUUAGCUAGCUGAGGCAGAGAAGUUCCCUAGACUCUAGUUUUUAUUUUUCUUGGAACUGUUUAAACCUGCUCUGGACUGAACACCCAGAAGAGCACCGUCAGCUCACACCUGUGGCCCCCCCGGGGCCUGGCCUGGGCUGCAGCAUUUCCAGCACCGGAGGGACCGAUAACAGACUGAACGAGCUGAGCUACAGCCCAUGAAGGGGAUUUCCUGAGUUUGUCAUCUCUUCAGAGCGGCAAGAGGUUUUAUUGUUUAAUAUUAUUCUCUAUUUUUUCUUCCUUUUUUUUUGUGCUGGUGAAUGCUUUGCUUGUCAAAUAAACAGAUUUUUCCACUUUUCUCCAAGGAAAUCUUUUCCCAAUCCAGUUGGGGGAGGGGCCACUUGAAUUUGCUUUCUAAAGGAACCCCUUUGCAGGUUUUCUCCCAGAUUUGUCCUAAACCAGGACAACCUGCAAAUGCCAAAGUUUUUCUGUCUUGUUGGAAAAGAAUUACCAACUGACAUGGAAAGAUAUGCAUUGUUUUGACAGCUACAUGUAACUGCAUAACAUUUCUUAGUGUAAUUUCUGAGUGGUUACAAUUAUAAUUUUGACAUUUUCAACCACUUAAACAUGUAUUUACAAUUUCCAGAUUUUGAUGGUUAUGGUAAAAACAAUCUUUCCUGUAUACUUUUUAUACCAUGCUGUUUUUCUUGCUGGAAUCGUGUCAAAAGAAUAUGCAGAACGGAUCUUGUCAGCUUUAUUCUUAAUGUACCACAGAUUCAGUCUAAAUAAUUCUUCCAUCAAGGAUUGUGUAUCCAUCCAAGUAAAUCACAAUGCUUUUGUAAAAUGUUUACAAAAGUGAACAAUUAGAAUUUUGUAAAUUCAUUAUCACUCUGUCAGACAUGCAUGCAUCCAUUACACCAUUUUAUAACAUAUGUUGGUUGGGCUUGUGUGUAAUGUAAGGCUACCAUGAAUGUUAUUUUUAAACUUGAAAAAUAAGUUUUAAAAUAAUCAAGCUGCCAAUAGACUCUCCAUAGAAACUAUGUUUGUGUUCAAGUAAUAGAACACUGUAAAAAUGAAAUUUGGAUAACAGAUAUGGUUGGCUAUUUAUCUACUGCAUAUAAAAUGCAUUGAUAAAACUGACUGUAGGUAAAGUUGCAUUUUGGUAUAUGUUGUAGUUUGACAUUGGCCCAAUGCAAGGCACCCAUGAGAGUCACUCGCUCACCAUCCUCUGCUACAGCUGGGCAGUGGAGAAGGGGAAAAAAAAUUUACAAAUGGAUCAUGAGUGAGAUAAGGACUGGGAGAAAAAAAUUCAAGGGCAAAACAGGCUCAACUUAAUGUUGCAAAGUGAAUUUAUUACUAACAGAAUAAUGAGGAUAAUGAGAAGUAAAAUAAGCCCUUAAACACAUUUUUCCCCACAGCACCUCCCUCCUUCCCACCAACAGCGCAGGGAGACAGGGUGUGGGGGUUUUGGUCAGUUCACCACCGAGAUUUUCCUCCGCUGCUCUGGGAGAGGAGUCCUUCCCCUGUGGGGGCCCUCCCAUGGGAGAUAGUUCUCUGUGAACUUCUCUGGCAUGGGUCCACUCUCACAAGCAGCAGUCCUACUGUACCUGCUGCAACAUGAAUUCCCCCCACGGUCACAUAGUCCUCCCAAAACUGCUGUGACAUGGGUCUCUCUUUGCACGGGGUGCAGUCCUCCAAGGACAGGCUGCUCUAGCCUGGAAGCAGGGGCCCCCUCUCUCCACUGGGUCUUCCACUGGAUCACGGACUCCUCCAGGCAUCCACUCGCUCCAGCAUGAGCACGUCCCCCACAGGCUGUGGGUGGAUCUCUGCAUCCCCCAUGGGCCCAUGGGCUUCAGGGGGGCAGCCUGCUUUACUAUGGUCUUCACCACAGCCUGCAGAGGAAUCUCGGCUCUGGCACCUGGAGCACCUCCUCCUCCUUCUUCACUGACCUUGGUGUUGCUAUGUUAUUUUCCCUCACAUAUUCUCACGUCGUCCUCUUCUCUGACUAGAAGAAAAACUGUGUGACUUUGUUUUGAUUUUCUUCUUAAAUAUGUCAUCACAGAGGCAUUACCAACCUCCCUAAUUGUCCCGGUUUUGGCCAGCAGCGUGUCCAUCUUUAGAGCCAUCAGGGAUUGGCUCUGCUGGACAUGGUAAAAGCUUCCAGCAGCUUCUCACAGGACCCAUCUCUCUGUGGCCCCCCUGCUAGCAAAAACCAGGCUGUGCAAAACCAAUACAGUAUAUCUAUUUUAAAAAUUGACACCAUUACAUAUUUCUUAAAACAGUGUGUGAAAAUAAUGUUGUAGCUUACCCCUCACCAGAAGCUUAGGCACCACACAGCUACUUGCUCAGAUACUACCCCACUCCCACCCCCACCAAAAAAGAAGGCAUGGAGAAAAUAGGAAGAACAAAAGCAAGAGAACUCAGGGUUUGAGAAAGAUGAAGAAAAGAAAACCAGAACAAGUGAUGCAAAGGUAAUUACUCAUCACCUUCCAGAAGUAGACUGAUGUUCAGCUGGUCUCUGAACAACAGCUACCUCUCUCUCUCCCCGCCCAAAAAAAGGAAACCCUCACCCUUUCCCUCAAAUUCUAUUGCUGAACAUGAUAUUUAUGGAAUGGGAUGGAAUGGAAUGGAAUGGAAUGGAAUGGAAUGGAAUGGAAUGGAAUGGAAUGGAAUGGAAUAUCCCUUUGGCCAGUUCAGGUCAACUGUCCCAUCUGUGUCUGUUAGGGAAAUUGGCCUCAUCUCACACUCAAUCAAGGAGUUACAUUCAUACCACCUGAGACUUCAACCACUAGGACUUUGCAGUCCAUUCAUGAUGAAUGGCUCCACUGAACCAAUGGGUACCCUGUGUUGACUCCAGAUACACACACACUCACACGGACAUUUUCCCUUUUGGUUUUACCCUAGAUUUCCCCAAGCAGAGUGUCAGGCAGAAUCUAGCAAAUUAGGUUAUUUGGUACAGUGAUGAGAUACAGCUUGAGCUGGGUGCCUCAGGAGAGGGACCUUGAACAAAGAAAUCCUUGGGCAAUUAUACCCUUACAACCCAUGUUUCCCACCCCUUACGUGACAGUUUGGUCCAAUAGUAAUAUUAUGGUAUGGGGUCAUCUUGUUCUUCAUUGGGUCUCUUCAUUGUCUCUAAGUGAACCCAUUUCUUCUCUAAGGCUGCAUCUUAUGCUGACAGGGGUAAUUGCCUUCCUCGCUUCCUUGUCUUCUGGCUCAAACUGGCUCUGGGGCCUCCUUUUACUUAAGUAGGUAAAAGUUCAGUGUAUCUUGGCGUAAAUUCACAGCUCACAGCCUGAGGCUUCAUCACAUCUAGUUACUAAUGCUAAAUAAGUUACACUAAGCUACUAGUUUUCUUUAUUUCUUUACAGUGUCCCCUCCAAAUUUGUUACUCACUCCCUGGCCUAUUCCCCAGUGGGAGGUAGCAGCCAAGAGGGUGUGGAGCCUAGAGCUGUGUGGCUGUGUCUAGGUUGUUAUUGUAUACAAAUUCACAUAAUUGUUGUGGGGUGGAAGUAAGGGACUCACUUCUGGGAAGGGGGGGGGGUGGCUUUGGGUGGAAGAAAAAGGUGCCACAUGAGGGGGUAGUUUCCAUAUUGUUCCUUUUUCCAGCAGAGCAAGUGGCGAAUGGAGCAGUGGCAUGGCUCUGGUUGCAGUCAUGUCGUGUUGGGUCAGACUCAGUAAGCAUUUUUGCAUGUAAUCACCCUUUCAUACACUGUUGUUAUUAGUAUUGUAGCUGUUACUGUUUCUUUUCUUAUCUCAUUGCUGUUUCCAGUAAAUUGUUCUUAUCUCAACUUGGAAUCUCUAUUUUAUCUCUCUCAAAGGAGUGAGGGGAGGAGAGGGCCUGUGUGGGGCUUAAUUUCCAUCUAUGCUUAAACCAUGACAAUGAGGUAGAAGAGGCAAGAGUGAAGCUGUGCCUGGAAAGAAGGGGGAGGGUGGGGGAAAGGUGGUUUUAUUUUUGGGCUUUAUUUCUUUUUUUUUACUGGUAAUAAUUAAAGUCAUAUUUCCCAAGUCGAGUCUGUUUUGCUCAUGAUGGUAAUUGGUGAGUGACCUUCCUGUCCUUAUCUCAACCCAUGAGCUUUUUUAUCUUUUCUUCCCCUGUCCUGCUGAGGAGAGGGGAGUAAGUGAGGUGUUUGGUAGGCACCUAGCAGCCAGACAAGAUCAACCCACUGCAGUUCUUACUUGUGGGUCAACCCUUGUGGCAGCAGCUCUCUGGCCACAGAGAGAAACACAACUUUCCCAGGCAUCAUCCUGGGAAAGGCUGUGAGAAGAUCAGAGAAAAGAAUGCGAAACAAUUCUUAUCUUAACUUGCUGCACCUGGUAUUGUGAACAUGUGGAAUGUGUUAUGGAGAUUUGUUUACCAAAGGGUGGUUUCUUAAUUAGUCGAUGGUGAUGGUGUUUGGACUGGAGGAGCAAUUAGGUCCACCUGUAUCAUAACUGUCUAUAAAAGAGCAAUGGGUUUCUUAAUAAAGAAUUAUUGAUCAGCCUUCUGUGAAUCAUGGAGUCCAUGCUAAUUAUUACCCAGCCGGGGACCCACUUGCAAUAACAAACCCCGGUAAGCAGCUGUCUUGGGCGUGGAUUUUAUCCCAUAUCCAUUUUUUGUUUGUUUGUCUUUUGUGUCCUGAAUUGGUCAUUUCUCCCCGGCCCUACCUGGCUCCAGGAGUAUCGUGAUGGGUGAGAGCCAGCUCGGGAUCCUGUGAGGGUUGUGGGGAUGAAAGGCUGUGGUUUCCUUCCGGUGGGAUGAUCAGCUCAGCAGCCACGCAGCGUGGUGCCUUUUGACUGGAGAUACUGUUGCCUUGUGGGUUUUGCCUGUUUUUUUUUCUUUUCCUUUGGCACUGUGACUGGGCUUGCUGGCUUGCUUGGGAGCUCAAAGCCAGUGCGUGCUGCGCCGGGAGCCCGCUGUCCCGUGCCAGGGUCAUAACCUCUGUGUGGCCCUACCCUGGGAUCAGCCAUUGCCGGUAAGCUAUCCAUGGGAGUGAUUCCCUGCCCAGCCCCCCUGUUUUCUGCCACUAAUUAGGGCUUCUUGCUACACUUUAACUUGAUACCACACAUCCACCCAACCCCCACGGCUCCUGCUAUGGCUGCUGAAUUUCUGCUACAUUUUGUUUGCCACCUCAAGGUGUGCUCGCUUUGAUAGUAUAGGGAUAAAAUGUUUCUAAAAGCAUGGAAUAUUCAGGGGAGUUACAAAGGAAGGAUAGGCCUGGUAGGCCCUGGGAAAAUGUUAGGGUAGGCCAUGGGAAAACAUUAGGCUGCACCUGUAUAAUCAUUUAAUGACUAUGAUAAAUGGGAUUAUUGUUAAAUGGGAUGAUUCUUUGGUAAUUGGUUAUAAUUAUUGUUUAAUUGUAACAAGAAUCAUGAGAAAUGAUGGGUGGGGGUUUGAUGGAAAUUACAAAAAUCCAUGCUUGGAUGAAAUCAAUGUAUACAAUAGAACAAUAUAAGUUUAAUAAUUAAUAUGUAGUUAUAUAACGAUAAGGGUAUAAAAACACGUUCAUCCAAACCCAUGUCAGUCAGAUUUGGGUCUGUACCCCUGACACCCAGAGCUCUUCAAUAAAAGCACCUGCAUAUAAUCAUUCUGUGAUUAUGUGUUUCUGAAUGCUAACAUUUUUGGUGACCCCAGAUGGGACCCUGUGAGUGCUGCUGAGGACCCCGCGACCCGAUCACGCUCCAGCCAGUAACGAGAGAUUCUCGGGGAGCCCAUCGGCACCAUGACCCCCCGCCACUCACAACAUCCCCUGGAGAGAAAGUAGGCAACUGUUUGCCCUUGAAUGGGAAAAUCCAAGAAAUGGAAAGAAAACCCAGCUCACCUCGACAUGGCUUCCAUAAGGAUACAUGAACAGUCCGACCCUAUUCGGAAACCAGCUGGCAAAGGAGCUGGAGAUUUGGACUGAGAAUGGGCAAGUACUGAGAGACCUGUUGUUGGAGUAUGUCGAUGAUAUACUGAUAGCUACAGAAGAAAAAGAAACCUGCAUAAAGGUAAUGACUGAGAUUUUAAAUUCAUUUGGAAUGGGAGGUUAUAAAGUAUCCAGAGAAAAGGCAAAAAUUGCCUGACAGAUUGUCGUCUACCUGGGAUGUGAACUUUCACAAGGGCAGUGAAAACUAGGUACUAACCAUAUCCAAGCUAUUUGCAUUAUUCCAGAGCCCCGGAAUCUACACGAGCUGCAAGUCUUCCUUGGGAUGGCAGGGUGGUGUUGCCUGUGGAUCAUGGACUACGGACUAAUUGCAAAACCCCUGUACAAAGCCCAGAAGACGCAGCCAUUCACCUGGGGCAAACCACAGAAAGAAACCUUCCUAAAAUUAAAAGACGCACUGACAGCUGCUCCAUCAUUAGGGUUACCUCAUCUGCCUAUGAUUUUCAGCUGUUUGUACAUGAAAGGCUGUGCCUAGCACUGGGAGUCCUGACCCAACCUUUGGGAAGCUGGAAAAGGCCGGUGGGCUAUUUUUCCAAACAACUAGACAACGUAAGUGCUGGAUGGCCUUCAUGUCUGCAGGCAGUCGCAGCCACUGUGAUGCUGAUAGAAGAAGCCAGGAAGCUCACUAUGGGAAGGAACAUAGAUGUCUAUGUACUGCACAUGGUAACCACUGUUUUAGAGCAAAAAGGAGGCCAUUGACUAUCUCCAAGCAGGAUGAUAAAAUUCCAGGUAAUCCUGACCGAGCAGAAUGAUGUCACAUUAAAGACAACUAUCCUUUUGAAUCCAGCUUUGUUUCUAGGUACCACAACUGAAGAAGGCCCAUUAGAGCAUGACUGUGUAGAAGUAAUAGAGUACACCUAUUCAGCGAGGGAAGACCUGAAAGACGUCCCGCUAGAGCAGCCAGAGCAGGAACUAUUCACAGACGGGAGCAGCUUCGUGGAGAACGGAACCAGAUACGCUGAAUAUGCGGUAACAACAAUCAGUACAGUAGUGGAGGCAAAAGCAUUACCACCAAAUACAUCUGCCCAGAGGGCAGACAUGGUUGCCUUAACCAGAGCACUAGAAUUGAGUGAAGGGAAAAGGGUAAACAUAUGGACUGACUCAAAAUAUGCUUUUGGAGUGGUGCAUGUACACGGAGCACUGUGGAAAGAAAGAGGGCUAGUGUCUUCUCAAGGUACACAAAUUAAACAUCAAGAUGCAGUCCUGCAAUUGAUAGAAGCAGUACAAAAACCUGAACAAGUGGCAAUAUUUCACUGUAAAGCACACCAAUCAGGAAGCUCCGAAAUCUGUGAGGGAAAUCGAAAGGCAGACUGGACAUCCCGACAGGUUGCUCAAGAAGUGCAAACAACAAUGGCAUUGAUACCUUUAAAGCUUAAUGUAUCUCAAUUCAAUUUGCCUCCAAAACCGAAAUAUUCAGUAGAAGAUGAGAGAUUAGGAUGUUCGCUAAAUGCACAAAAGAAUUCAGAAGGGUGGUAUGUAACUACACAAGGGCAAAUAGUAGUACCCCCCCUUGAUAAUGAGAGAAGUUCUACAAAUUAAACAUAACAAAUGUCGUUGGGGUGCAGAGGCGUUGGUGAAAUUGCUAAAGCGACAUUUAAUCUUGGUACGGAUGUUAAAAAUGGCAAAAUCAGUAAUGUCAAAAUGUGAGAUCUUCUUGAAAAACAACCCAGUGGCUAGACCACAGGCACAGCUAGGAAGGAUUUGGGUAAGAAUAUAACCAGGAGACGAUUGGCAGGUAGACUUUGUAGAAUUGCCAAGAACUCGAGGAUACAAAUAUCUGUUAGUGGGGGUUGACACAUUUUCUGGAUGGCCAGAAGCCCUUCCCUGUCGCACAAACCAAGCAAAAGAAACAGUUAAGUAGUUACUACAAGAGAUUAUUCCCAGGUUUGGGAUGCCUCUAGGGAUAUCAUCAGAUAGGGGGCCCUAUUUUAUAGCUACAGUAGUAAGAGAAGUAAGUAGAUUGAUGGGAAUAACUUGGGACCUCCACACACCAUGGAGACCCCAGUCAAGUGGACAGGUAGAGAGGAUGAAUCAGACGCUAAAUAGGCAAAUUGGUAAAAUAUGCCAAGAACCCAAACUACAGUGGCCACAGGCUUUGCCAAUACCCCUGUUGAGGAUUCGGAUAAAACCUAAGACUGGAAUGACAGUAAGCCCUUAUGAGAUAUUGUAUGGGAAAACAUAUGAAUCUCCUGAAUCUAACCCAAAUGUACAUGUCACGGGAAAGCAGGAAGUAUAUAAUUAUGUUCUGUCUCUCAGAAAAACUUUAGUUCGGCUUCAGAGCGCCCUCGUGUGGAAUAGGCCACUGACUCUCAAGAAUCCAGUUCACAACAUAUACCCAGGAGAUGAAGAACCAUUAAAAGAGAGGUGGAGUGGACCCUAUCAGGUACUGUUGACCACUUCUACAGCAGUCGAAGUGGCUGGAGUGGAUCCCUGGAUCCACCAGUAAAGAUACACCCAAGUAAAGAAAGUCUGUCCUGGACAGUGGACUGCACAAACUGUAGGACCAACAAAGCUGCAGAUAAGACGUGUUUAACUGUUUCAAAUGUUAUCAGUAGUUGUGCCAAUGCUCACUUUAUAGUUAUUAAUGUCUUUGGGGUGUGGAAUGCAAAAAGAUCAACUAACCACUCUUCAUUCUAGAAUGAAGAGGGAGGUGCAGGCAGAAACACAGUUGAUAAAGGUUUCCAAUGCAAUUCGGGCUGAGAAUGUAAUGAUUGGAUUAGUCAAAGACUUUGCCAAAAUGCAAAACACCAGCAGAAUAACUGCCUGUCUGCCAAUACUGAAGGCAGCGGGAGACCCAAUAAGUUGGGGAAUCAUAACGUCAAAAUUACCUGAAAUACAAAAGAACAAAACAAUUGCAUGUAAACAGGUACCCGAGUCGAGGCAAGUAGUCAGAGAAACCUGGAAAGUAACAGGGGAGUGGAUGAGACCUCUGAGGAAACGGGACUGUAUUUUAAGUCAUGGCAAGGUAGGACAAAUCAUAGAGUGGUGGGUUAAAGAUCAAAACAUUGCAAAUUGGGAAUGCUUCUUGCCACACUAUAAAAAGAUUAGAGAAAAUAUCACAGAGACCACUCUGGUGUGGAAGUGCGAGGAAAAAGAUUGGAAAGGUCAAAUGGAGCUCUGGGACAGUGCGUGGUCCAUGAGUAUACUUCAUAAAUUCCAAUACAUGGCAAACACCCCUUGGUGCAUUAAAUGGGAAGGCUCUGAUGAAUGAAACAGAUCCAGCAGUAGCAAACACUGCCACUGGUAGUAGAAUGAGGGCAGACAAAGUAAGUUUGUGGGAAUGUAAUAAAACUUAUGAUUGCACUUCUGAUGACAUAGAGAUAAAACAAAUGCCACCACUGGCAGUAGUUUUACAAAUUGGUUGUGCCUGUAGAGGGAUCAAACACAAACAAGGUAAAAUAAAUUAUAAGAAAAUAGUGGGAUGUAGUAAAAGUACAAUCCGAAGUCCAGGACAAUGUGUAUGGGCAACAAGUGAUGGUACCUGGACAACACAUCUGCCUGUAGACGAGAAAGUAAAAUAAAUUACUUUGGGCCUCCCUACUUUAUGUCCAAUUUGGAAAAAGUCCCCAUUUAAUGGAAAACAUGAGCUUCUGCAGAUAAGAACAAGACAAGAAGUUCGAAAUAAUGAAAAUCAAGAUGAAACUUGGCAAGAACCCUCUAGGGGAGUGAAAUUUGUGUGGGCCCUAGAGUCUUUGUUCGGUCCUAUAGCAAGCUACCAGAAUAGAGAAAUAUUGUACAAACUUACAGGUCAAGUAGAUAGACUGGCAAGACUCACCUGGGAAGGAUUUAAAGACCUAAACAUGCAAUUACAAGCCACCACAAAAAUGACUUUACAAAAUCGGUUUGCCUUAGAUUUGUUGCUCCUGAAAGAGCAUGGAGUGUGUGGAUUUUUAAAGGGACGGGUUGAUCAUUGCUGCACCCACAUCCCAAAUGUAACUGCAGAUGUAGAAUAUGACAUCAAUCAGUUGAAACAAAUAGAGUGUGAGGCACAAGAAGAACAAAAGGACUUGACUACGACCUAGUUAGACAAAAUCUUCAAAGGGUUAGGAUGGAAUGUGAGUUCAUGGAUUAAGUCUAUCAUUGGGAGUUUGAUAAUCUUACUAAUCAUGUUCUUAGUAAUUUGGUUAGUUUACAGCAUUCUAAAAUGAGAAAUACAAAAAAGACGUCCAUGGAACCAAAAGAUAAUGAAGGCAUUGACAUGGGACAAGAAUUUGCACCCAUCAUCUUCAGGUUCUCCAGUGCGUGACAGCAUCCAUGAUAACGUUUAUAACAACCAUGGAUUUGAAGAUGAACAUCAAGUAUAAACUCAGAAGCCAAAGGACUGUAUCAAGUGAAAGCAUUUACACUUAUUAUAGUGAAGCGAAAAUACUUUCAAAGGGGGGAAAUGAUAGUAUAGGGAUAAAAUGUUUCUAAAAGCAUGGAAUAUUCAGGCGACUUAGAAAGGAAGGAUAGGCCUGGUAGGCCCUGGGAAAAUGUUAGGCUGCACCUGUAUAAUCAUUUAAUGACUAUGAUAAAUUAUAUGAUUGUUAAAUGGGAUGAUUGGUAAUUGGAUAUAAUUAUUGUUUAAUCGUAACAAGAAUCAUGAGAAACAAUGGGUGGGGGUUUGAUGGAAAUUACAAAAAUCCAUGCUUGGAUGAAAUCAAUGUAUACAAUAGAACAAUAUAAGUUUAAUAAUUAAUAUGUAGUUAUAUAACGAUAAGGGUAUAAAAACAUGUUCAUCCUGAACCCAUGUCGGAGUAAGAUUUGGGUCUGUACCCCCUGACACCCAGAGCUCUUCAAUAAAAGCACCUGCAUAUAAUGAUUCUGUGAUUAUGUGUUUCUGAACAGUAACAGCUUCAAGCUGGCUGCUCCAAGGUUCCUGCUAAACGCCAUUUUUCCAUGUGGAGGGGGACCAGGACUGGCUGCCCCGGUGAGUUUGGAAGGGAAGCCCAUUUUCUUUCUCUUCCGCUGGCUCGCCUGCCAUUACCUACAUGGAGAGAGGUUGCUGAGCUCACGCCAUGGAGCCCCCUGAAGGUAUAGGGGAAUCAUCGCACCUGCCCUACCUGGCUGGGAGCCAAGAGCACCUCUGCCAGCUGUAACCAUAACUACACCAAAGGGGAAAGAGCUUGAUAGAAGAGAGAAGGCAGUUACUGGAUUUCUGGGUUUUUUUGUUGCUGCCAUUGUUGUUGUUUGUUUUGUGUCCUAGACUGCAAGGCAAUGUGUAUUCUAUUUGCCAUCUGUUAGAGGUGUGGCAGUUAUCGUCUGUUAAUUGGGCAGUUUUCUUUAUCUCUUCCACAAACCAAUUCUCCCUCCAGGGAGACAUCUGCUGUUAAUAGGCUAUUGAAUGUCACUACAUGACUGAUAAAAAUUACAGCAUCCCAUUGUGAGAUGCUCCACCCAGAGGGAAGAACCAAGCAUUCUGAACUAGAUAUAAUCUGAGAUUUUUAGAACACCAGCACAGCCUUUCCACUGGAUUCCCAGAGAAGCAGCUACCUCUUCAACUAGAUCUUCAGAAGGCUACACCCUUCUACAAGAUCAUUGCUUCAACAAAACCACAUCUGCCACUCCAAGAGGACUACAGCCACCAUUUCAAUUAGACUGCUACCAACACCCUGACCCACACGGUGUCAGAUCGUAUUCUGACUCUGUCAGUGUUUGUAGCAGGCUCAGGGCCUGCGAAGCCUUGGCGGUCAGAGGCCUAAAAGCUAGGAAAUGCCAAGUCAGCAUGACUGGACCCGAGCAGCCUCUCUCUUCCUCCUUCAAACCCUGCUUAUCUCCCUGUAAGCCCAUAGGUCACUUUCCCCUGACCCUUACUAUUGGACAGUUUUCAAAACCCCUGUAGGGUAUAAAAACCCCUGAUUCUGCCCGGUUCGGCAGAAGAGCUGUCACUGGGAACCUUUGCGGAACACCCGAAUAAAAGAACCCUACGGAACCUCAUACAGCGCUUCUCCUCUCUCUCCCUAUGUUGGCUGUCGCGGCACCUAGCAAGCUAAAGAGCUGAUAAUCACUGAGAGCUGAUAAUCACUGAGAGCUGAAAAUCGCUAUAGCUUGCCUAGGUUGCCUGAGCUCCCACUGAGCUAUCCCGGCUUCCGGCACUCCCUUCUGGGCAUCUGCCCGCUGGGUAGCGACCGGCAAUAACUGGCACCCGAACCGCCGCAAUAUCCUGGCCGCGGAACUGAAUGCCAGACCUGGCAUUUCAAGAGGAGCAGCAUUUCUUCUUGAAAUUGUCACUGCCUUCACUCGCCAGAAAACCUGGAAUGAGAAGCCUCCGUUUCAGCAGGACUCUUCAGAAAGGCAGUCAGCCGACCCUCACCGCUGAAAUCCGAGCAUGAAGUGCCCACAUCUGGCUGAAGAAGUGUAAGUUUUAAAACAGCCUUUCUUGCGCGCAAAAACUUUUUCCUUGGGUCCUUUUUUUUUGUUUUUUUCUCUUUUUUUUCUCUUUUUUCUGCUUGCAGGGAACGGGAACAUGGGAUCAAAGCUUAGUACAUUAAAACGAUCCCAGAACGAGAGAGAUUUAUAUUUACUAAUCCUAGAAAUCCUAUCUUCUAACAACUUUUCUUUUUCUAAAGGUAACCUUUCAAAAAUAACCUGAAAAAAUUUAUAAAGUGGAUUCUCUGCCACUUUCCAGAUACUAAUACGGAGACUAUUACCUUAGACUCCUUUUGGGAUACAUUUGGGACCACGAUAUAUAAGUUUCAAACUAACCAAGAUUUUUCUGUAACCCGGUUUUUACCUAUAUUUCACAUUAUAACUAAAGCCGUAGAAAAAAACUAACAAAAAGACUGUAACGUCAGGGCAAACUCCUGUUGAACAAAGCGCAAAAUUCUUAUCUGCCGUAACAGAAGUCUCUCUUUCAAAUGCUUAUCACGCUGAUAACAUUCCAUCUACCCUGGAAUCCAGUACUCCUCUGGGUCCUAGCGUCCCGCCCUCCGCGCCGCUCCCCCUCAAACCCACCGUGCCCAUGGCCCCUGCCUACCCCCUCCUCUCCUCCCACUCAGGAGCUACAUCCUGCACACGACCUUGCUCUGCGUUAUCUCCGAGAGCAACUGUGCCAGUUUCCGUCCUUCCUGCUACUCCCACCAUCCCUGCCGCGGCCCCCCCCAUUCCCUCUGCCGUCCCUCCUGCCCCUGCCGGGGCCCAUCCCUCUCCCGCCACCCCCGCCCUUGCUUCCCCAGUCCCACCCACCAUCCCUGCAGCCCCCCCCACCCUCGUGUCUUUCCCUGCCCCCGGUAUCGUCCCUGCAGCAGCAGGGGAUGUGCGCGUGACACCUUCUUCCAGCCCCGCCGCCUCCUCUCUGCCGCUUCUCCCUGGCCCCCACCCCCAGGCUUUGCAGCCACACACCCACCCUCAGGGACCCCUGGUCAGGACCUCCCAGACUUCCCUCGGUACUACCCCACCUCCCAACGCGCCCCAGUCCUGUGCCUGCUGCCUCACGCAUUGCACAGCUACUCCAGCCCUGCUGCCUCCCUCUAGCCACGUUCUGCCAUGUGCUGCCUUACACUCUGUCCAGCCACAUGCACCUCUGCCAAAUGUUGCUCCAACACGCCAUAAAAAGCAUAAGGCACUACCUGCUAGUUCUCACUUCUCGUCUGAUGACAGCAGUGACAGCGAUUCUGAUUCGGAUAUAGAAUAUAUUGAUCCAUGGGCAAAAAUAAAAAUGGAAGCGACACAGGCAGGGGACUGGCAAUUGGCUCAGAGAAUUACUGCCUUUCCAGUAGAUUAUAAAAAGAGAAAAAGAGGGGGCGCUACUACUAGAAAGACAUGGGAACCUAUUACAAAUAAAGAACUUGUGCAAUUAAGAAAUACUGCCAAAGAACAUGGUAGAAAUUCACAUAUUUUUAGAAAUUUCCUAGAGGCUACGUUCUCAGCACAUGUUCUGGUACCCCACGAUAUUAAAAAUAUUGCCCAGUGCCUCCUUUCUCCUGCCGAGUACAUGCUUUGGGAAAGGCAUUGGAAAAAGCAAUUAAAAACAUUAUCAGACACUUAUGCUGCAGAUGCUGAUAAAUCAAACUUUACAGUUGAACAGCUGGCUGGUGAAGGGGAUUUGCAGAAACCCUCUGACCAAGCUGAUACCUUACGUAAGGCAACACUACAAGAUGUGGCUAUAGCAGCAAAAACCUCCUUACUCCUUACCCCUGAUGACUCUACUUCUACACAAUACUUUUCUACUAUUAAACAAGGAAUAGAUUAAAGUUUUAUCAAAUUUGUGGAUAGAAUUAAGGAUGCUCUGGAAAAACAGAUAGAGAGCACAAAGGCAAGAAAAGAACUGUUAUGUAAACUUGCCAUGAGUAAUUCGAAUGAAAAAUGUAAAACAAUUCUGAGAGCCUUACCCUUAGACACAGAACCUACCAUAGAGCAAAUGCUGGAAAGCUGCACACGCCACUUGUCCACUGAAGACACAGUGGCCCAAGCAGUUACUAAGGGUAUUGCAGAAGGAGUAUCUGAUGCAUAUGCAGUAGUAGCUUCUAAAGACCAGGUCCGCUGCUACCACUGCAGAGACUUUGGACAUUUUAUAAAGGACUGUCCAGAGAGGUCACCUCCCAGGUACCCUUGCAAUUUCCACCAAAGGCCCCAGAAUCAGCAGUACUAUCAGCAGCGUCCAGGAAACUUCCAUCGGAGCGUGGUGGGGCCCCACGCAAAGACACCAAAUCAAAGGCCAUCCAGACCCAGUCACACACCAUCCCAGGAGAUUCCAGACCACAUGAGGAGGACCCAACACACGAAGCGAUACCGAGGGGAACCCGUCGCAAGCUGGUAACUGCACUGUCCAUUGACUUUAAAAAUGAGAAUGUUUAUUGUGUUCCCACAGGCAAACAUGGGCCAAAAGGUGGUCCUUCUAACAUCCUAAUUAUAGGUGAUACUCUCCAUAGCCCAAAGGAAAUAUUUGUUGUUCCAGAAGUACAAACAGUGCACCCGGGACAAGAAAUCUUUGUCCAGGUGUACUGCACAGACUUACCAUAUUUUCUUCCAAAGGGUACUCCAUUCGCACAAGCCUUUCUACUCCCUAAGAAUCACAGGGAACAGCUUCCUCUCAACCCCACAGCAAUGUGGACACAAGUUGUGGGACCAAGUAAGCCUGUCAUCGAGUGCGGUCUUACCUGCAGGGGAGAGAAGAUCCACCUACCAGGGAUGCUGGACACCGGUGCAGACGUGACCAUCAUCGCCCGCUCAGAAUGGCCAGCACAAUGGGAACUACAGCCUGUGGCAGGCAUGAUUACAGGGAUCGGUGGAGCUACAGUUUCCAUGUGGAGCAAGAACAACAUCCUCGUCGAAGGGCCUGAAGGCAAGUUGGCAACCAUCUGCCCAUUUAUGGUAAGGGCCCCCAUCACCUUGUAUGGACGGGACAUUUUAUGUCAGUGGGGUGCUUCCCUAUGUAUUCCCAGUCCGGAUUUCUAAUUGGGGCCACAGAGGAGUGCGCACUGCCAGACACUCCUCGUCUCACCUGGAAAUGCCAUAACCCGAUCUGGAUCGAGCAGUGGCCCCUCUCUAAAGUCAAACUGCGCGCACUACGUGCCCUUGUGGAUGAACAGCUCGCCAAAGGCCAAAUUGCUGAGACCACCAGCCCUUGGAAUUCUCUAGUCUUCGUACUGCAAAAGCCUGGAACGGACAGGUGGAGGCUCCUCCACGAUCUUCGCAAAAUCAACGAGGUCAUCGAGGACAUGGGUGCCCUCCAGCCUGGCCUGCCUUCAUCAUCGAUGCUGCCUAGAGACUGGACACUUGCUGUCAUUGAUAUUAAACUGUUUCUUCAGCAUCCCGCUGCAUCCCCAGGACGCUCCACGGUUUGCUUUCUCCGUUCCCUCUCUUAACAGAGAGGCUCCACUCAAAAGAUAUCAUUGGCUUUUUCUUCCCCAAGGUCUCAAGUGCAGUCCCAGUAUAUGCCAGUGGUAUGUUGCUCACAUCCUGUCUCCUGUUCAGAACCUAUUCCCAGAUGCAAUCAUCCAUCAUUAUAUGGAUGAUAUCCUGGUCUGUGCACCAGAAAAAGCUUACUUGGACAAAGCAGUUAAAAAGACUAUUGAAACCAUAGAAAAGGCAGGAUUCGAGAUCCAUGAGGACAAAAUACAGUACACCAAUCCAUGGACUUACCUUGGACUCCAGAUCCGGGAAAGAACCAUCAUACCCCAGCAGCUCGCCAUCCGAGAUGACCCAAAAACCCUGAGAGACUUAGACAGUCUGUGCGGAUCCAUCAACUGGGUACGUCCACUGCUAGGAAUUACAACAGAGGACCUCACUCCCCUGUUCAAGCUUCUUUGGGGCAAGGAGGAUCUGGACUUUCCAUGCACUCUUAGACCAGAAGCCCGAGAUGCCAUCACCAAGGUCCAAGAAGCCCUGUCUUCACGCAAAGCCCAUCACUUCGAGCCCAGCCUGCCUUUCCAGUUCGUCAUUCUGGGAAAAGUACCUCAGUUCUAUGGACUGAUUUUCCAAUGGGACACUCAACUUCGAGACCCUUUACUAAUACUGGAAUGGAUCUUUACACAUAACCAACCCACAAAGACAAUUACCACCUUCCAAGAAAUUAUGGCGCAUUUAAUAAAAAAGGCUAGAACUCGCCUCCGCUCCCUUGCAGGGUGUGAGUUCACAUGCAUAUAUUUGCCAAUGACCACUGGGGACCUGGAACAUUUGCUCCAGACCAAUGAAAGUCUCCAGUAUGCCUUAGAUAGCUAUACAGGCCAAAUUUCAGUACAUAUAUAUCCCAAAACAUAAGCUUUUUAAUCGUGAUGUAACCUUUCAUCUGACCCCAAAAUUAGUCCAAAGUAGGACACCUCUCAAAGCUCUAACCAUCUUUACAGAUGGCUCAGGGUCAUCCCACAAGUCGGUAAUGACAUGGAGAGACCCUAAGACCCAAAACUGGGAAUCUGACAUAGAAAUAGUGGAGGGAUCUCCACAGGUUGCAGAGUUAGCAGCUGUUGUCAUAGACUUUGAGAAAUUCAAAGAAGAACCUUUUAAUCUGGUCACAGAUUCAGCUUAUGUUGCUGGCAUAGCUAUGAGAGCAGAACAUGCUCUUCUCAAAGAGGUUUCCAAUCCAAAGUUAUACCAAUUGAUUUCCACAUUAACACAAUUUCCCACCGAAAACAACCCUACCAUAUAAUGCGUGUGAGGUCACACACUGACCUCCCAGGUUUCAUUACAGAAGGGAACAGGAAAGCAGACACCUUAGCCAUGGCAAUAGAGACUGCUAAUGUCCCUAACAUCUUUGCCCAGGCAAAGUUGUCACAUGCAUUUUUUCAUCAAAAUGUGCCUGCCCUUAUCAGAAUGUUCAAGCUCUCGAAAGAUCAAGCAAAAGCUAUUGUUGUCACAUGCCCGAACUGUCAAAACUACCAGAUACCAUCUAUGGGGACGGGAGUCAAUCCCCGAGGUUUAAACAGCUGCCAGCUGUGGCAGACAGAUGUAACCCACUUUGCACCUUUUGGAAGGUCAAAGUACGUGCAUGUAUCGGUCGAUACGUUCUCAGGAGCAGUAUUUGCAUCAACACAUACAGGAGAAACUGCGCAGCACACCAUAAAACAUUUUCUCCUUGCCUUUGCUACCCUGGGAGUACCCAAGGAGAUCAAAACAGACAAUGGACCUGCCUAUACCUCUCGUAAGUUAAAAGAGUUCUUCAGUGAGUGGGGAAUAGAACACAAGACAGGUAUACCUGCAAACCCCACAGGACAAUCCAUCAUGGAAAGGACACAUCAAACUCUCAAAAGAGUCCUCAAUCAGCAACAGAGAGAAACAAAAAUCAUUUCUCCAGUUGAAAGACUUUGCAAGGCUCUCUAUGUCAUCAACUUCCUGAACUGUACAACCUCAGAGCCUGAUCCACCAAUACUUCGCCACUUUGCAAAUACCACCCAAGCAAAGCUCACGGAGAAACCACCUGUGCUAGUGAAGGACCCAGAAACACAUCAAAUUUCAGGACCUUUCCAACUGAUUACCUGGGGAAGAGGAUAUGCGUGUGUUCUACUACCAUCUGCUCCAAGAUGGUAACAAGGGAAAAACAUAAAACCAUACCUAGGCACUGCAAAUACCACUUCCACAAGCAGUGACAAGAAUCCUCCUGAGUCAAACACAAGACCUCCUCAAAACCAGACCAUUUCUGCCUGGAGACGAAGACGUCGCUGAACGUCCACAGGUGGAGGAGACGACCGUCCCAUCACACAACAGCAGACAAACCAGGAAGCUGAACAACAUUCUGCGGCAUCAAGCCCUAGGCCAGGCACAGCCUGAAAACAAAACUGUUCUCUGAAUUAGAUGUUAUUACCCUUUUUACCCUAAAAACCCUAUUAUCCCCCAAAUCAACCCUUACCAAAAGCCUCUAAAUUUUACCCACUCCCCCACCCUUAGCAUAUAGAAAAAAAAAAAACCAAUAAAAAAAUAAAAAUAAAUGGGGGGGUGGAAGGAACAGAGGAAAGGAACAAGAAAGGAA